GUUGCACUUGUUUUAAACUCGCUUAGGAACACCGACUGUUGCUACCGUUAUGGCUCGAACAAAGCAGACCGCUAGGAAGUCUACCGGUGGAAAGGCUCCUCGUAAACAACUUGCUACAAAGGCUGCCCGCAAAAGUGCUCCGGCUACUGGAGGUGUCAAGAAGCCUCAUCGUUACCGGCCUGGCACUGUUGCUCUUCGAGAAAUCCGUCGAUAUCAGAAGUCCACCGAAUUACUUAUUCGCAAGCUUCCUUUCCAGCGACUUGUUCGAGAGAUCGCACAGGAUUUCAAGACGGAUCUUCGUUUCCAGAGUUCUGCAGUCAUGGCUUUGCAGGAGGCAAGCGAGGCUUAUCUUGUAGGCCUCUUUGAAGAUACCAAUCUCUGCGCUAUUCACGCUAAGAGGGUAACUAUCAUGCCCAAAGAUAUUCAGCUAGCAAGGCGCAUUCGAGGAGAACGAGCUUAUAUGGCUGAUACCGAGACCGCGCCAGCAGUUGCUCCUACCAAGCCUUCUAAGAAGAAGGUGGCAGCUUCGAAAAACAAACCGGCAGGUCCCAGCGUGUCUGAUCUGACCGUGAAGGCUGUGGGCGCCUCCAAAGAACGGCACGGGCUGUCCCUCCCUGCACUCAAGAAGGCUCUCAAGGCUGCGGGCUACGAUGUGGAGAAGAACAACGCCCGCCUCUUGUUGUCACUCCGGAGUCUGGUCAGCAAAGGGAAGCUGCUGCAGCACAAGGGUUCCUACAAGCUCAACAAGAAGGAGGCACCCAAGAAGGAAAAACGGCUAAAAAGAAGCCCGUUGCUAAAGCCAAGACACCCGGGACUGCUAAGAAAUCCAAGAAGACCGCAGCAGCCGGCAGCAAAAAGAAGGCGCCAAAGAAAGCCAAGAAACCAGCAGCGGCUAAAAAGACAGCCAAGAGUCCUAAGAAGGUCAAAUCUGCUAAACCGAAGGCAGCCAAGAGUCCAGCGAAAAAGCCAAACUCGCUUAGGAACACCGACUGUUGCUACCGUUAUGGCUCGAACAAAGCAGACCGCUAGGAAGUCUACCGGUGGAAAGGCUCCUCGUAAACAACUUGCUACAAAGGCUGCCCGCAAAAGUGCUCCGGCUACUGGAGGUGUCAAGAAGCCUCAUCGUUACCGGCCUGGCACUGUUGCUCUUCGAGAAAUCCGUCGAUAUCAGAAGUCCACCGAAUUACUUAUUCGCAAGCUUCCUUUCCAGCGACUUGUUCGAGAGAUCGCACAGGAUUUCAAGACGGAUCUUCGUUUCCAGAGUUCUGCAGUCAUGGCUUUGCAGGAGGCAAGCGAGGCUUAUCUUGUAGGCCUCUUUGAAGAUACCAAUCUCUGCGCUAUUCACGCUAAGAGGGUAACUAUCAUGCCCAAAGAUAUUCAGCUAGCAAGGCGCAUUCGAGGAGAACGAGCUUAACCUAUACACGACCAGUGAACCCAAAGGCUCUUUUAAGAGCCACA